GAGAAUGACGUGGCAACACAGAGAAAGCUUUGAAAAUGGCAAUGGCUCGGAGGCUUCCUACCCUCCAUCACCGUGACUCCGAAACGCCAUCGUUCCAAGCCUCACUCUCAUGGUGUCGGACUUUAGCUCCAGACCAUCUCCUUCCUUCGUCAUCUCCUUCCACCUCUACCGCCACUCAUUCGUCUCCUCCCUUCAACAGGGACCAAUACGUGGCGUUUCAUGAAAUGUACGGCCAGGGCGGGAGCUGGGGCUGUGAAUCUUGCUCGGGGGACACCCGUCAGACCCUCCAGCAUACUGGUUGUCGGCGCCACCGAGACUCUGGGGAGGCAGAUUGUGAGGAGAGCAGUUGAUGAGGGAUAUGUUAGGUGCUUGGUUAGGCCGAGACCAACCCUUGCCGAUUUUCUAAGAGAUUGGCAUGCUACUGUUGUCAAUGUAAUUCCAAUUCACUAACUCUUAUAAAUUUUUAUGAAUUUUAUAAGAG